AUGGAGUCUCCCAUGCUGUACGACCCAGUGUACAUCCUGGAGAUCCUGCGGUGCUUCCUGGCCAACCCCAGCACGCGGGAAGUGGACGCUGCAGACCCCGACCCCGCCUCCAACUGGAGCCUGGCAGGGGAGGAGCUGCUCGCCGCCUGUCGCAGCGACGAGGGCAUUCCCCCCUUCCUCGUCGCGCAUGGGGUUCCGGCUAUGCUGGGCAUGCUGGCGUUUGGUGUGCAGUACCAGGACGCAGAGGCUGGUAAUCGGACCCGCAGUCUGGCCUGGGGGCUGCUGGCGUCAGUCGCUGACACCCACCCUGAGGCUGUGACAGGUCAGGCCCAGCUGGCUUCCGGAAUCCACUCGGUGCUCAGCCAGGGGACCCCACCCGAGGACACUGCCCUCGCUGCAACCCACAUCCUGCGCCUCGCCCUGGAAGACCAGCAGGUCUGCGCCGCAUUCAGAGACGCCUUUGCCAGCCAUGAAGUCCUGCUUGCCCUUUGGAACCUGCUGGGAGGCUCCUCAAACCUAGAACUCGCCACAGAAAUGUAUGAUGGAUUGAUGGGGGAGUUCAUCGUGCAGGUUUCUGUUGCUGAUCGCUCUAACAUCCACAUGCAGAGAGAUGCUGUCGUCACCAAGCUGGACCCUCAGUAG